AUGUUGUCCUAUAUCUUUGUCAUGCUUGUAGCAGCAUGGAUCCAACUUGUUCACGGCAACAGCGUCAACUACACAUUGCAAACUGACUACAGCGGUACAUCGUUCUUUGACAAGAUCGACUUUUAUUCUGGCAAAGAUCCUCUCGGUGGGUUUGUUCGGUAUCAAGAUAGCCCCAAUGCUACAUCGCUCGGUUUGGCCUACGUCAAUGACAAGAACAGAGUCAUCUUGAAGCCUGAUAACACUACGAUUACUCCAGAUGGUCGACCUUCUGUUCGACUUCAUUCAAAAGAAGUGUAUAAUGGAGGCUUGUUCCUGUUUGACAUCAAUCACAUGCCACAAGGGUGUGGUACUUGGCCUGCCUAUUGGUUGGUAGGUCCUUCUUGGCCGAACAAUGGUGAAAUCGAUAUUUUAGAAGGUGUGAACACACAAAAGACAAACGGCAUGACAAUAUAUACAUCUCAAACAUGUUCUAUGGUCGGUACAAAGCAAUUGAUGACAGGCACAGCAUCUAGAUCCACAAGUUGUAAUGUAAAGCAGCAUGGAACAGGUUGUGGUAUUAAGGAAAACCGCACCACAUCCUAUGGUGUUGGUUUAAACAAGAAUGGCGGCGGCAUCUAUGCUAUGCGCUGGGAGCAAGCAACUGGUAUUCAGGUCUGGUUUUUUCCACGCAAUCAUUUACCCGCUGAUCUCAAUUCAGCAACAACCACUCUGGCGAAUACAACCAGGAUUACGAUGACCGAUUGGGGUACUCCAGUGGCCGAUUAUCCUUUUGGGAACAACUGCAAUAGUACAUUGUUCAAGGACAUGAGGGUUGUCAUCAAUUUAACGUUUUGUGGAAGAUGGGCUGGUAAACAGAGUACGUACAGCGGUGCUGGAUGUCCAUCAGAAUGCACCUUGUAUGUUGAAAACACAUCACAUGCAUUUGAUGAAGCAUAUUGGGAUAUCAAUUAUCUCAGAGUGUAUCAGCAGCAGUAA